UCGGGUACGUUCCGAAAACGUUUCUAAUUAAAAAUCUCUACCAUCAGAGAAGUUUCUCCGUUCAUCUCCUCGGAUUUCUUCAAUCCAAACCCUAAAAUACCCCACAAGAGCAAGGGGGAGAACAGAGGGAGAGACAGGUUCGAAGUCGUUUCCUUCACAACAUCUGAAGUUUUGUUUCAUUUCAUUUUGGUAGAUAGGCAAUGCAGUUGUGGCGAUUUAUCAAACUUUCUUCAUAUUUAUGUGCUUCUUCUACCAUACCUUCACGCUUCCAAAUUGGUAAUACUGUGACUCCACUUCUACAUCUGCAACUGCAAUCAAUAGACCGUUAUCGAGCUUUCCACAUUGGUCCUAGAAAUGGGUUUGAGGAAAGUUCAAAUUCAAGUUCAGGUUCAAGCCCCAAUUUGGUGAAAGGAGCUUUUGAUCUUAUUGGUAGAAAUGGGUUUGAAGGAAUUUCAAAUUCGAGGCCAGAUUCAAGCUCCAAUUUAGUGAAAGGAUCUUUUGAUAUUGUUAGUAGCAAUGGGGAGGAAAGUUCAAAAUCAACUUCAACUUUGGGGAAUAGGGCUUUUGAUCUCAUUAGUGGAAAUGGGGUUGAGGGAAGUUCGAAUUCCAUUUCAAAUUCUGCCAACCCAGCAUUUGAUUUUGUUGGCAGAAAAGGGGUUGAGGAAAGUUUAGAAGAUGGUGUUGAGGAAAGUUCAGAAAAGGGUGUGGGUGAAAGUCCGAGUUUGGCAGACCGAGCUUAUUUUGAUGGUAUUAGUACAAAUGGGGUUGAGGAAAGUUUAAAUCCUGAACACAGGGCUCUUGAUGUUGUUACUAGAAAUGGGGUUGAAGAGAGUUUGAUUUCGGUAAACCAAACCUUUGAUCUUGUUGGUGGAAAUGAUGUUGAGGAAAGAGUUUUAGUCAGUGAUGCUGAUAAAUUAUACAAAGCUAUUGCCAAUAAUGCAAAUCCUGAGAGUGACAUGGAAAAAGCACUUGACCUGGUUGGCGUAGAGCUUACAACUGACUUGGUGAUUGAGAUACUAGGUAAGAUUCAUUUUGAGGAGAAAAUGGCUUUUAGGUUCUUUAUGUGGGCAGGUCAUCAAGACUGUUAUUCGCAUGAGCCCCGAGCAUACAAUGAAAUGAUUGACAUAUUAUCCAGCACAAAGUACAAGGUGAAGCAGUUUCGGAUUGUUUGUGAUAUGCUUGAUUAUAUGAAGAGAAAUGACAAGAAGUCAGUUCCAGUUGAGGUUUUGUUGAUGAUUUUGAGGAAAUACACAGAAAAGCAUUUGGCCCAUCUUCAUAAAUUUGCAAAGAAGAAGAAAAUAAGGGUGAAGACCCAACCAGAAAUUAAUGCCUUGAACUUGCUGCUUGAUGCUUUGUGCAAGUGCAGUCUUGUGGAGGAUGCCCAAGCCAUGUUCAGGAGGGUGAAGAACAAGGUUAAGCCCGAUGCUAAUACUUACAAUAUUUUGUUUUUUGGGUGGUGUCGGGUUAGAAACCCUAGUAGAGGAAUGAGGGUUUUGGAAGAAAUGAUUGAAAUGGGUCAUACACCAGAUAGUUUUACUUACAAUACUGCAAUUGAUUCCUUUUGCAAAGCAGGGAUGGUGACAGAGGCAACUGAACUCUUUGAGUUCAUGAGAACAAAGGGUUCAACCAUGUCUUCUCCUACUGCAAAAACAUAUGCAAUCAUGAUUUUGGCUCUUGUACAGAGUGAUAGAACUGAGGAGUGCUUUAAACUUAUUAAAGAUAUGAUAAACAGUGGUGUCCUUCCGGAUGUUUCGACGUACAAGCAAGUGAUUGAAGGGAUGUGUUUGGCUGGAAAGGUUGAGGAAGCUUACAAGUUCUUGGAAGAGAUGGGAAAUAAAGGGUAUCGUCCUGAUAUUGUUACUUAUAAUUGUUUUCUUGAUGUACUAUGUGAAAAUAAAAAGAGCGAGGAAGCACUUGGGCUUUAUGGCAGGAUGAUUGAGGCUGGGUGUGUGCCUAGUGUGCAUACUUUCAAUAUGCUGAUUUCAAUGUUUUUUGAGAUUGGUGAACCUGAUGGGGCAUUUGAGACGUGGCAUGAGAUGGAUAAGAGGGGAUGUGCACGGGAUACUGACACUUACUGUGUGAUGAUUGAAGGGCUUUUUAAUUGCAAUAAAAUGGAAGAUGCAUGUUUUCUCUUAGAUGAGGUUGUAAACAAGGGAAUAAAAUUGCCAUAUCGGAAAUUUGACUGCUUUUUGAUGCAGCUUUCAAUGAUUGGUGAUCUCCAAGCCAUCCAUAAGCUUUCAGAGCAUAUGAGAAAAUUCUAUAACCCUGCUAUGGCAAGACGUUUUGCACUGAAUCAGAAGCGGAGGAGCAUGAGUUUAAGAGGAAAGUAAGAAUAUUUGGAAGUAAUCGUCCAACACUCUCAUUUUGGGUAGCUCAAUGAAACUCUUCUCAUUGAGCUCAGUUUCACAAUGCUCAGUCUCUUCUCUACUCAAUAAUCCCGCAGUCUCUACUCAAUAAUCCCGCAGUGACAGCUUUUCUUGAGGAGGGAGCCCUCUGUUGAAAUAUGUUGCAAUUCUACGCCAAAGAGAACUACAAUGGAAUGAUGCAUUGAUGGAAUCCAGUCAAAUUUUCUGGUUACAGAAAAAAAGGCAAUGAGAGAUUGUGGAUCCACAACGUGAAGGGGUCCAGUCAGAAAGCCUUGAUGCGCUGCUCUCAGUCGCCAUCCAGUGUGUGUCUCCAGGACCUGAGGAUCGACCAACCAUGCAUAGGGUGGUCCGGAUACUUGAAUCUGAAGUCAUGGCCCAUGUCCUAGUGACUUCUAUGAUUCCAACUCGGACUGAGAGCCCUCUGGGAGACAAAGAAGACAUGUUUGUGUUCAUAUUGCAUGUCAUCACAGCUUCUCCCAACAAACUAAGAAGGUUAUGCAUGCAGUGAGGGGCUCAAAAUCUGCAGGGUUUCAUCUUCCACUUCAUUUAUUCAUUCCUUUUGCAGACGUAUGACAACUAGAAGAUGCCUUGUUCCAUCAAUCCAUUCAUUUAUCAUCAAAAUCUGAGCAUUUGGUCCACCGGCCACCUAUGGGAUUCAGGGUAAAGCUGGGUACUCUUGUUAUCCUCAUUUUGCAUGGGUGCAGGCGGACUUUCCUUUCUCAACCAGAAUGACUUUUCCACUAGUGGUAUGUUGCAGGCAGGGCAGGGCAGGGCAGAGCAAAUCAAUGUACUGUUUUCCAUUCCUGAGAACUGAAAAUAUGCCCAAAAAAAGUGUCUGGUACCACAUUUGUUCAUGCCUUUAGUUUGAGUCUUUUAAGAAAAUGUAAGUGCUGGAAUCCGUGUAAUGUUUUGAGAAGUUUUUUCUUGAUUGGGAGUCGGGAUGCUAUCUAUUUUUGUAGUUGUUGUAGCAGACUAGCAGGUAGGGCUUUUUCUUGGAGGUUGAAACAAAAUUUGAUGACUGCAAAGUGUGAGUAUUGUAACUUUAUACUUGGUGAUACAUGUAAAUCCUAAGUUCUUUCUGCA